AUUUGUUAGUGCAUUAAUUUCUCUACUUGUUAGCCUCAGUGUCAUUAUGGCUGAAAAGACGCUGCUGAGGUAAAUGUUCCCGCCUGCUCUGAUUGGUCAGCUCCACUGGCCUGAUCAGGCUGGGCCUACCACUCCAUAUUAGUUUACUAAAAUGUUUAAUUUGACUCAAAAUGAUGCCACAUCCCUUAGUGCAGAAUUCAUGAUCCACCUGAAAUAAUUAAAGAUGCUCGCAUAUUAUACAAAAACAUUUCAACACUAAGUUUGACUUCAUGAGGACGAUUUUUCAGAUUUCUUUGUUUCACAACAUGCUCUCAGUUACAAAACCUACUGUUGAAAAAUAAUCAUUUUCUUCAGUUCAUAAAUGUUCAUGUAUGAUGGCUACAGAGGUACGAUCAUAUGGACGCUGUAGGCAUUAUACGUCGUGCAGUAGAUAAUUUGCACAUCUGAUUAUUUUUAGACAACACAAUUACUGUAAAAAUAUUGACCUUAACAGCAUAAUUAAUUCUUAGCAGGGUGGAAGUGUCAGAAAAAGCCUCGGAUCUCAUGUGACCACCUCCUCUUCCUCAACCCUGAUAAUGUAACACAUUUCUAGUCAACUUGAUGGUACCAGUAACACGAUCAGACAGCAGGUUGGUGGUAAAUAAACACAAACUGGGUCAACCUGAGGCGGGACAGGGUGAUACUUCUUUAAAUCUGUCAGAUACUUUAUGACCUGAUGAGAGAAGUAUGACUUCCAAGAACUGUGAUGAAAAGGUUUUACAAGAGGAAAACCACAGGUAGAAAUAAACUGAAUAGUGGCUGCAUUUCCGUUUUUGGUUCCCAGAAAAGUGUGCGUGUGCAUGGUCACUUUAAUAAGACAAGAAAAGUGAAAUUUGUGCUUAAUAGGUGUAGUAAUUUGCGUACGUGUUGUGUAUGUGGUGUGUUAGGAAACAAUAUGAGAUAUUUAAAUAAGUAAAAACAACAUGCUGACAUGCAUAUUCACACAUACUUUACGGCGAGAACUUUGGUAAAGUGAUCUGUCACUGUUAAGAAACAAAAGACUGACUCAACCGGAGUAUCCUCCCUGUGUUAGAAAUGCCAAGCUGGUGGCAUUUAGAAGGGGGAAGUUGACUGGCUGUUAAAGGUAGCAGGGCUGCACACAGCAUCAGUCCUGCGUGGAUCGUUGUGUCGUCCACAAACAGCAUCAACACCAUGACCUGUCUGCUGCUCGGCACCGUGCUGCUGGGGAACCUGGCCAUCUGUGCCACAGCACAAGUUCCAGAGUCGCUCACUCCACCUGAACAGGUGAGGUUUGACUCUGUAGACUACAAAAACAUCCUGCACUGGACUCCGCCCACUAACAGCUCCUCGCUGCAGUACAAUGUACAAUGGAAAAUUUACGGCGAGCAGGAGUGGUUGAAUGUGGACGGCUGUCAGGGCAUCCAGAAGCUCCAGUGUGACCUCAGCAGCGUCACCACUGACACCAGAGAGUGGUACUAUGCCCGGGUGUGCGCCAUCUCCGUGCCCACCAGCAGCAAAUCAGCCUGGGCCCUCUCGCCCAGAUUCAGCCCACGCUGGAACACCAAAAUCAGCCCUCCAGCACUGAAGCUGAACUUGAACAAGCAAGGCAUCGUUGUCCAAGUGAAGCCCCCUCGAGUGCUGGUCCGCAAGAUGCACAGCAGUCUGCACCACAAGAUCUACGUCAUCCAAACCGGUGGAAAAGAGAAAGUGUUUGAGAUGGACUGCUGCUCCAACAAACUGACUCUGACCAAGCUGAAGCACAACACAAAGUUCUGCCUCCAAGCUCAGACCUUCAUCCCUCUGCAGGCCAAAAGCAGCGCUCGAAGCUCUGUGAAAUGCGUCACUACGCCCUGAUCACACAGACACGCUGACUGGAUUCGUCACCCAUCCCUACAGCUUCAAUCAUUGCUACCUCGACGGCCGCUGCCAUAAAUAUCUGUGCUUGUAAAAGUGAUAACUUUAUGAUUCCAAGCAUUUCGUGCCUGACAUGUGGCUUACACUGUGAACCUCCGCUUUAUCAGAUUGUUUGACUUGAAUGAUUUCAGUAUCCAGUUUCACCUUGGAAGUGUUUUUAAAUAUUUUGGUGAUCCUGAAAAUUCUUCUGACUUACUUUAAACUUUUGAUGUAUAAUCUUAAAAAAACAAUCUUUCAUUCAGGGCUGGAGAGGAACCAAUUUUCCAUCCGGGAGUUUUAUAUUUAAGACCAGCCCACUUCUUUUUAAUGUGGAGUAAACUGGAUAAAUCUGUUCACUAUUUAAAAUCCUGUAGUUUUUAUUGUGAAAAUAAAAACAUUAAAAGCCCAAUUUUCUUUAUUAAUGCACCAGAUUACAAAAAUAUUAAGAAAUAAAGAAAUUAGCUUCCAUGCUUUCAUACCUCCCUUUAUGAAAGAGCUGCAGCAUGGUGCAGAAGCUAAACACACAGAGCAAUAAAGAGACUGAUAUCACUUACACAUCUCAAUAGACCAAAAUGAAGACCCCAUUUUAUUAUAAAAUAUGAGCAACUUAUGUUUCACACAAAGUACUCUCUCUCUCUCUCUCUCCCUCUCUCUCUCUCUCGUGUCCUCUUCUUUUCUUCUGUCUACUUCCUGUCUCCUCACGUGUUUCUUCUGCCACAGGGCAUCAAAGAGAUUUAUUGUUUUCUACACCUACUUAGUUAUUUUUAUGUCUGAGUUCAUUUUCGAUUUGACCCACUGAAAUGUUUUUCAAAUAAGAAAAUGUGAUUUAUUCAGAAAUACAUUUACUAUAAUGAAACUGUAA